CAGGAAGCGGUCCGUGUCGGACUCGGAUGUGCUUCUGUGUUUUACGAGAGUAAAGGCGCCGAGCUGGACCCAACGUCCGUUGUUCCGACGUUAAAUCUCCGCCGACCCGCAGAGGUCGUCCGCAGGCCCGCGGACUCACCGGGAGUCUGUGCUGAAUCCACCGACCGGCUGCUAGCGUUACUGCCCUCCAUUUCGUGUCUCCGCCGACCCGGUAGCCGUUAGCCGCUGUUGUGUCGGUCAUGGCGGCGGGAGGCGGCGCGGCUGCUCCGCAUGUCGGUGAUGUUGAAGAAGACGCUUCACAGCUGCUGUUUCCCAAAGAGUUUGAGAACGCAGAGACUCUGCUGAACUCGGAGGUCCACAUGUUGCUGGAACACAGGAAGCAGCAGAACGAGAGCGCCGAGGACGAACAGGAGCUGUCAGAGGUUUUCAUGAAGACUCUGAACUACACGGCUCGAUUCAGCCGCUUCAAGAACAGAGAGACCAUCACCGCCGUACGCAGUCUCCUCCUGCAGAAGAAGCUCCAUAAAUUCGAGUUGGCCAGUUUGGCAAAUCUGUGUCCUGAAGCUGCUGAAGAGGCUAAAGCCCUGAUCCCCAGUCUGGAGGGUCGGUUUGAAGACGAGGAGCUGCAGCAGAUCCUGGACGACAUCCAGACCAAGAGAAGCUUCCAGUACUGAGACCAAAUCCAGGACCAAGACCAGGACUGCUCUCUGCGCUCUGUGACUCCUGGUUCUCCUGCAGGACUUGAGUCUCAGUCCUGCUCUGACCACCUUCAGGUCCCUGUCCUCUCUAGGGAGUUUUAUUCUAUAUCCUGGAAGACUGAACUGAACUGACUGCCUGAUUAUAGUCUGUGGAUCCUGGUGGUUCAGACUGAACAGUUUUUGAUGAAUACUUAAAGAGUCAGUCUCGUGUUCACUGUGCAGCUCAUCAAUUCCUUCUGCCGUCACAAUAAACUUUGAUUUGUUUUUUUACA